AUGGCGGUGGUUUGGGAAUGGCAGGAUGAUCUGGGCUACUGGAGGCCCUACACCGGACAGGUGAGCAGCUACAUCGAGCAGUGUCUCCAGCACCAGAGAGGAGCCGGGCCCGCCAGCAGCAGCAGCAUCUGUCUGGCACAGGCAGACCCCAGCCUGUCUGCGUACAUCAUCGACAUCCCCAACCUCAAACAGUUCAGACAGGACACGGGAAAGAUGCGUGCUGUGCGACGAUCCCUGUUCCCGCAGUCCUCUGCCCUGGGCAGUGGGGUUCUUUGGGAGUGGGCCAAUGAUGAAGGAGGGUGGACGGCGUAUGAGAUCCGAACCUCCAUUCUGCUGGAGCACAGCUACCAGGCAGGGCAGGCCACAGCUGACCUGAGCCCGCACGGCUACAACUACAUUGUGGACCUCACUGCUCUACAGCAAGUCAACAAGGCCACCAGCUACAGACGGCAUGUCAGGCGGCAAGGCAGCAUGCCAUAUCCUCUCGCCUCCGGUUCGGUUAUUCACUCGGGCCCGGCCUGUUCCUGUCACCAAUGUUUGAGCAAUAGCAGCGCCGCCGGACCCAUGCUGAGCCGGUCACGGCAUUCCUUCACCGUGGGGCAGGCCUAUGGGCCCAGCCUCCAGACCCAGCAUGGACGACUUCCUGGAACCAGCUCUUCUUCAGCCUACUCGCCCUACCCCAGAAGACCUCUCUCGAUGGGAAGCUUGUUAUGGAACGGCCCGUGGAGUACCCCCACCUCUGUGGCUCAUCCUCCAGGACCACCACAGGCUUUUGGUCACCAUGCAAAUGGCUUAAGCAUCCCAACCAUCCCUCUACACAUGAGCGGAUCCAGUAGUGUGAACUCUGCACUGGCAGCACCAGCUCAGAAACCAGAAGAAGUCAUUAAGAAAUACAUGGAGGAAGUGCCCGUGGUCCCAGAUGAGGACUGUAUUAUCUGUAUGGAGCGCCUGUCCUGCCCGUCUGGUUAUGAGGUCCCAGCUGAGUGCUCUCAGUCUCUUCAGCCCAACACCGUGGGCAAACUCACAAAAUGUGGUCACACUUUCCACAUGCUCUGCAUGUUGGCCAUGUACAACAAUGGAACCAAGGAUGGGAGUCUGCAGUGCCCCUCAUGUAAGACAAUCUACGGAGAGAAGACCGGUACCCAACCAAAGGGCAAGAUGGAGAUUUACAGUAUCCCUCAGUCUUUGCCUGGACACCCAGACUGCGGCACAAUACAAAUCAUUUACAACAUCCCGCCCGGAAUACAGGGUCCUGAGCACCCAAACCCUGGGCAGCCGUAUUCGUGCAGAGGAUUCCCUCGCUUCUGUUUCCUUCCUGACAAUGACAAAGGAAGAAAGGUGCUGGAGCUGCUGAAAGUGGCGUGGACACGGCGCCUCAUCUUCACCGUGGGCACUUCCAGCACCACAGGGGAGCCGGACACCGUCAUAUGGAACGAGAUCCACCACAAGACGGAAAUGAUGUCCAACGUCUCCGGCCACGGUUACCCCGACCCCAACUACCUGGACAAUGUGCUAUCAGAGCUGGCGUCACAGGGCGUGACGGAGGACUGCCUGAAAUGAGACCCUCAGUGCCAGGGGGCUCAAGGUGCAGCCAUGUGAACCGGACUGUCCCAUCUACUGUAGAUCUAAUAAAACUUGAUGAAAAG